ACGCAAUUGAACAGAACUUCACGAGCUAGAGACAUAUAAUUUAUCUUAACACCUUUGAACAUAUGACAUUCUUCACCGGAAUGGAUUGAUGACGGCGAAUUUAACGUGUGUGAUCUUAAUGAAGAAACUACCGACAUAAGGUAUAAAGAGUAGUACAAGUGGAACACCUCUAUGGAGCAACAUUUAAGCAUGUGGAAUAAUUACUGGGCCGCAAUCUGAUAUUUCAAAAACAGUUGUGUACAUCAAUUACUCCAUUAUCAAGAAAUACAAUAGCCUCCACUACGUGAUCUAUAGUGACCUUGACACCACUAGCCUGACCUUGAUCGGGAACCAUAGGAACCAAUUCAACGAAACACCAAUGGUUGGAAUAAAGUAGGAAUCAAUCGCCUGGAACGGAUAUAUUUCAUCAAUGAAACACUUAUUGCCUAUGGUAUUUUACGCCAAAUUUUAAGUCGAUAGAUAUGUGAGAGCAUGAGCAAAAUGAUUAAAUGAUAAAUGAUGUGUUUCACAUUAUCCUUUUGUCUUUUCAUUACUUAGCUUAUAUGUUCGUUAUCUCGACACCAGAUCUUUGAAUUGUUUCAAAAUAACGGCUUUGCAAUGACUGAACACUUCAUAGCUGCAGUGUUUGUAGGAGGAGCCAUGGUGGGUACAACUAUUGCAACGCUUGUGGUCUUUUUCGGGUUAUCUGCCCCAAGUGGACCGUUUCGCCAGCGUGAGGAGACACCUAACAUGAAGCCAUUACUAACAAGUAAUGAUAUACGGUUAGAUGGCGCUGGUGUGUACUCUGCUGAUUAUAGUGCCCUCUAUGAACGCUAUUUUGCACUAGCGAUGCCCAAGAACCCUGCACAAGAACGCUAUAUUAUAAGGAAGGCGAAGUAUGCUAUACGCCUGAUCCAUUAUUCUAGUGGCUCUUUCAGAGAUUUGAAAUACUUUGACAACCGUAAUGAUGGAUCACGGGCGUUUAUUCAACAUGGCUAUAGACUAGCCCACAUGACAGAAGCUUUCCAUCUUCAUAAACCUGGAAACCGUUACUAUAACAACCCAGAGGUGAAACAUAAAAUUAUUCUUGGGUUUGAAUACAUAAUAGACAAAGCGCCCUCAAAUAGAGAUUGGAACUGGUGGGGUCGGCAAAUAGGG